GGUGCCGACGUCAACGCGCAGGGCGGUAGGUACGGCAAUGCUCUCCAGGCUGCUUCUUCCGAGGGCCACGAGAAGAUUGUUCAGAUACUGCUCGACAAGGGUGCCGACAUUAACGCGCAGGGUGGCCAGUACGGCAAUGCUCUCUGCGCUGCUUCCUCUAAGGGCCAAGGUAAGAUCGUUCGGAUACUACUCGAAAAAGAAGCAGACCCCUCCGUCCCAAACAUCGACGGCAUGACCCCGUUGAACUCUGCCGCUAAUAACGGUCACCUAGAGACCGUCAAGCUCCUUCUCGAAAAAGGAGCAGACCUCUCAGUCUCAAACAACGACGGCUGGACCCCGUUAAACUCUGCCGCUGAUAGUGGUCACCUAGAAAUCGUCAAGUUCCUUCUCGAAAAAGGAGCAGACCUCUCAGUCUCAAGCAACGACGGCUAG